GGUCGCGGGCCCCCGCGGUCCACGCCCCCCUCCUCCUGCCUCUUCUCCUGCUUCAUCGUCGCAGCCUCUCGGUGCUUUACUGCGCGCUGAUUGAAUCCAGCCCGCAUUUGGCGCGGAGCCGCUUUACGCAGAGGGAAACCAGACUCCAAACGCCGCUGGUAGCUUGGACCCACCGCGCUCCCGGUGCCGGGCGAGAACAUUGUGUCCUCUGUGGUUGGAGAUAAUAAAAUGACGGCGAAGCAUCGGCGAGGGAAAGGCAACAGCAAACAUGAGGACGGCUCGUUCAGGAACGACGUCGCCGAGUCGGAGAGUCGCGCCGGAGGCAACAACCCCGCGGUGCUCUCGGUUCUAUUCCUGCUCAUCGCGAUCGGCGGUGCCGGGGGCGCAUGGUUCUGUUUCCAGCAGCAGCAAACUUUAACCCACUUAACUGACAAUCUCAUGGGCAUGCAGAUGAAAAUAGUAAAACUUCAGUCGUCCCACGAAGAAAUGCGACAGUCAAGCAGCGAGCAGCACGUUCCGGAGAGCCUGGAGACCCGCCUCCACGCCCUGGAGGAUUCUUAUGCUCUGGCCCAGAAACAGGUGGCCUUGGCCACAGCGGAGCAGCUCAAGACGUCCGAGCUCCCCUCUCAGGUGCUGUCGCUCCACGCGGAGAUGAGCGCCCGGCUGGCGGAGGUGCAGCAGGGCACCGUGUCCCCGGAGCAGCUGAGCCAGCUGCAGAGCUUGCUGGAGGGGAAGAGCGAGGAGUUCGACGGGGUCAGGGUUCAGGUGGACGGCCUGGCCGCGCUCGGCGUCGAGCUGUCCCGCAAGGUGGAGGUCCUGGCGGUGAGCGUCGGGGAGGCGGAGUCGAAGCUGCAGGAAGGACAGGUUGCCGCGCUGAGCGCCGGUUUGGACGGACAAGCCGCCGAGGUGCUCAGACUGAAGGGGCGGCUGGACGCUUACCAGGCUCAGCUCGAGGCCGGCACGCGGGAGAUGGCUGCCGUCAGAGAGUUGCUUGAGGUCGAAGCGUCCCAGCGGCUCCAGCAGGCGGGUGUGGAGGAGCAGCUCAAUGCGCCGGUGAGACCGGCGGAGGAAGAGACAGCUCCCGAAGAAGGGGAAGCUGCAGCUUCUGAAGAAGAGGAAGCUACAGCUUCUGAAGAAGAGGAAGCUGCAGCACCUGAAGAAGAGGAAGCUGCAGCACCUGAAGAAGAGGAAGCUGCAGCACCUGAAGAAGAGGAAGCUGCAGAAUCUGAAGAAGAGGAAGCUACAGCUUCUGAAGAAGAGGAUGCUGGAGCAUUUGAAGAAGAGGGAGCUGCAGCACCUGAAGAAGAGGAAGCUGCAGCACCUGAAGAAGAGGAAGCUGCAGCACCUGAAGAAGAGGAAGCUUCAGCACCCGAAGAAGAGGAAGCUGCAGCACCCGAAGAAGAGGAAGCUGCAGCACCCGAAGACGAGGAACCUGCAGCAUCCGAAGAAGACGGAGCUGCAGCAUCUGCAGAAGACGAAGCUGCAACAUCUGAAGAAGAGGAAGCUGCAGCACCUGAAGGAGAGGAACCUGCAACAUCUGGAAAAGAGGAAGCCGAAGAAGCAUUUCCUACUGACGGAAAACAAGAGACAUCCCACCCAGAAGUGGAGGCGGAUGAAGGAGAAAAGGCGGCGGCACAGGAUGAAGCACCUGUUGAAUGGGGAGACUCGGCGACAGAUGAAACUGCUCCUGUAGAGGAGGUGCAGAGUGAAGAAGAGCCUGAAGAGGAGAACCAGCAGGCAGAUGAAGAAGAGAGGGAUACAAAAGAAGAAGUAGAGGAGGAGAUGUUGUCUGAAGGAGAAACAGGACUGGGAGGGGAGGAAGAACCGUACCAUGUAGCAGCUGAAGAGGAGACGGGUGACGAAGAGGAGCCAUUAGGACAUGACGCUUUACUGGAGGAUGAAUAGGGCAUUGUUUCAUACCGGACAUAUCCAGAAAGUCAGAUCGGAACUCUGAAUUUUACAUCCCGACUGUAGGAAGGAAUGAUUGAUUGCUGUUGUGUAUGUGGUUGCUCUUUGGAAGGCAAACCUCAGUCAGAAUUCAGCCACUGCGCUGGAUUCAAAGCUGAAAUAUGUACCUCAAAAUAAGACAAGGCUGUUAUGUUGAAAUGAGUAAUUCAGGGUUUUCCCUGCCAACAACAACCUCAGAAGCCUUAAUCCAUCACAUAAUAACACUGGACAGGACUCCCACUUUGUUUAUGGUCAGAGUCAUGUCCCGAACUGUUAACUGUCAAUCACUACAGCUUAAGCCAUAAGAAACGCCUGUCAUGGGGACAUUGAAAUGAAUGGGUUCUUUUUCUCACUUCCUGAAAUUUACUAUGAGACGAUUUUUUAGUUACUGAAUGUAUCCCACUUUUUUACUCAGGCAAACACAGCCGACUAGAAAGAAAGAAUCUUUGACGGGAUAAACAAGAAAAAGUCCUGAAUAUUUUUUAAGUAAAGGACAAACUAGAUGAUAGAUUAAAAAAAAAAACUUUUUACUGUAAUUAAAAACUGGGAGUAUGCUUUGAUUUAGCUCUUCAACGACUCCAACUCAGACCUACACAAUUGUAGUGUUGUAAACUAUAAGUCAUCUACCAAGAAUCUUUUCAGCAUCAUUCUUCUUCUUUAUUCUUUUUUAGUUCAGAUUUGACAUCAUUCAGUGAUUGAGUCAGAAGAAUAAGAUCAGAUAUUAAGAGUAAUAAAUAUGUUGUUAGAAAAUGAGCUCUUUAGAGACAUGACGAGUGGAGUCAGAUGUGGAAUGUUUAGUGAUUCAGUUCUUUGUAGUAUAGUGACACCUGGACCCCACUGGACGUUUUGCUUUUUAAAGCACACAGCAUUUGCCAAGGCGCUGGUUACUGGUUGUUUGAAACUUGUAUUUCAUGAUUUUUUUAAAUAAACGCUGGUUCUUUCACUUC